UCGGCUCCGGACCCGGACCCGGGCGCUCUCCGUUUCACCGGUGGCCUUUCUUCCUCCGUAGCUCGGAGCCCGGGCAGAACCUGCGCGCCGGCUGGCUCGGAAAUCUUCCCGAACUCCUCCGUCCGUGCGGACUGCCUGGCAUCAGGCGUGAAGAAAAGGCAGCUCCGGAGUUCUUUCCCCGGAAGUGAGCAGACGCUCACUGAAAGGCUUCCCCAUCACGGACCCUGGGGCACAGACAAGCAGGUGUAUACAAGGUCCAGUGGUUGACGUUCCACCAGGACUCUUAAGGAAAGAUGGUGGCUGUGGGCAGCUUGCUUGGGUUGCUGUGGCAGAGGACUGUGAAGUCAGCAUCCUCUGUGCCUUGCUUUCUGCACACAUCUUCCCGGCAAGCUGAUAGCAACAGGGCGUCCAUCGCUCGUCUCCGUCGCCAGGCCUAUGCUCGCCUCUACCCAGUGCUGCUGGUCAAGCAGGAUGGCUCCACCAUCCACAUCCGCUACAGGGAGCCAAGGCGCAUGCUGGUGAUGCCACUAGACCUGGACACCCUGACUCCAGAGGAGCGCCGGGCCAGGUUCCGGAAACGUGAAGCCCUGCUCCAACAGAAGAAGGAGGAAGAGCCAGAGCUGGCCGACGGUUUUGACUCUGAGCAGUACCGACAGUUUUGGUCCAAGACCAGGAAGUAACUGUGGCUUGAAGGUGCCCCAGGGUGACUGUGAGGGCAGAGUUCUAUACCUGUAAACAAACUCCCAUGUUCUUGAAGCCAUCA